CGAUGAUGUGGACUCAUAGACUAAUUGCAUGCGGAAUUGCGGAUGUUAAAAGAAGCCAUAGUCCUUUUAAAUGCACUUGAAAAAAGUUAAACCAUAAACAAAACUGACGAACCGUCACGUUUGACACAUGACUGCUAUUGCCAGAUUUGUAUAAAUUUCACAAUUUCCGAGAUAAAAAUGACACGUUGAAAAAGUUGAAUAAAACACAUUUAUCUUCUUUAAUGCAGUUUUAAUACCAAAUUUACUCUAGAGCGUAACAUAUACACUAAAUUUGUAGGAAAUGUUUGGAGUGUUCAAAUUUAUGGACAAGUUUUAUCUAUCAGCGUAGCGUGAUAUUAUCGGAAUUCUUCCGGUAAUUCUCUUUCAGUAGUGUGGAAACCCUGCAGCUGACUUUUUAUGUUGAAUGCAAGAGAAAUAUUGAAUUCUACGUUUUAUACUUAUAAAUAAACAAUUAAAUUCACAAUUAGACGUAGUCAAAUGAGUAAAGUCGUCAUCGGUGAAUGCGGCAGCAUGCGUUGCUGCCGCGCGUUCCCGUACAUCCGUCGGCCGAGCUGUCACUUUUAAUCGGGGCUUCUGGUGGAGUUUAUGAAUAAUAACAGGAUAUUACUAUGAUAAUAUGGCCGUGCAGUCGGACUCCGGCGGGAAGGAUGACGUGAAGACGCAGUUCGUGACGCGGGAGGGCACGUACCGCCUGAUGACGCUGUCGGAGUACUCUCGGCCCAACCGGGUCGGGUACACGAGCGGGUCGGGCUCCUCUCACGUGCGCGUGUCGCUGGUGUCGCUGCCGCCGGGCCCGGGCGCCGCGCCGGGCUCCGACGGGCCGCCCUCGGACGACAGAAUAUGCUUCAACCACGGCAAGGAGCUCUAUGUGUAUGUGUACAGAGGAGUUAAGAAGGCUGCGGAUUUGACCAAACCAGUGGACAAGAAGAUGUACAAAGGCACAAACCCCACUUGCCACGAUUUCAACACAGUCACAAUGUCCCCGGACAGUGUGGCGCUGGUCAUCGGUUUCAGCACUGGUCAGAUACAGCUGAUAGACCCUAUUAAGAAGGAAUUAAGUAAAUUGUAUAAUGAAGAGAGACUGAUCGAUAAAACGCGGGUGACGUGUAUCAAAUGGGUCCCCGGCUCUAGCAACCUGUUCAUAACGGCGCACGCUUCUGGUCAGCUGUACGUUUACAACGAGGAGUUGACCUGCGGGACCACCGCGCCGCAUUACCAGCUUUUCAAGCAGGGCGACGGCUACUCAAUACACACGUGUAGAACUAAGUCGACGAGGAAUCCGCUGUACAGGUGGGUGAUCGGCGCGGAGGGCAGCUGCAUAAACGAGUUCGCGUUCUCACCUUGCGGGACCAACUUAGCCGUCGUCUCCCAAGAUGGCUUCCUCAGGGUAUUCCACUACGACACCAUGGAGCUGAUCGGGCGGGCGAGGUCGUACUUCGGAGGUUUUUUAUGCGUGUGCUGGUCGCCCGACGGGAAAUACGUGGUCGUCGGCGGCGAGGACGACCUGGUCACGGUGUGGUCGUUCAGCGAGCGGCGCGUGGUCGCGCGCGGGCAGGGCCACCGCUCGUGGGUGUCCGUCGUCGCCUUCGACCCGUACGUCGUCAGCUUCAGCGACCCCGAGAGCGAGGAGCCCGAGGAGGAGAGACAGAAGAGCGACGUGCAGUGCUACAGGCUCGGCAGCGUGUCGCAGGACACGCAGCUGUGCCUGUGGGACCUCACCGAGGACGUGCUGCGGCCGCCCGUGCGCGCGCGCGCCUCCGCGCACCUGUCGCCCGGCGCGCCCGCGCCCGCGCCGGCGCUGUCCCCCAACGGCGUGCCCGGCAAGCCGCCCGCCAAGUGCGCCAAGACCAACAAGAUCGGCCACAAGCACGCCGAGCUCAGCAACGCCGCCGCCGGCGAGCCCUCCGGCGCCAAAUCCAAAACGACGAAAGUCAACAACGUCUCCACGUUAAACAUAAGCGUCGGGAAAGCUAAAGAGGAGACCGCGAUAGGUGUGAAUUCAUUAACGCAGCGGCUGGCCGGGUUCUCGUUCGGGGAGCGACGGUCGGAGCACCGGCGGAAUUUCAGUCUGACGUCGAAACCGGAGCAGAAAUCGGCUUCGAAUACGGUGGCGAUGCGCGGGAAAUCCGCCGGUGCGCCCGACUCGUGCGAUCCCGUGAAGCUUAUAGGCACGCCGUCGUGCCCGCGCUUCGACGAGUGUCCCGUGCUUGAGCCGCUGGUUUGUAAAAAGAUCGCUCACGAGCGGCUGACGGCGCUUCAGUUCCGAGCGGAGUACUUGGUGACGGCGUGCGCGGACGGCUGCGUGAACACGUGGGCGCGGCCGGCUCGCGCGAGCAACGGCGAGGCGCGCGCGCACCGCAGGUUCGAGCGCAUCGACCUCGUCGACUAGUCCUGUAAGAAUAGGCGCUCCGGAUCCGCCGAGGCCCUACUUCAUUGAUGACGACUUCGAGUCCUAAGGUUCUUUUCCACUGUGAAGAGACAUGGAACUGUGCAGUCUGUUUUUAUAACUGCUGAUAGUGACGUUAUUGAAUCUGCCUCGCAUGUUUCGUCUUUCGUCAAUCGAUGCCGUUAUGAGGGUCUACCGCGACACUCGAAAUAUCUAUGUGUCUCUUUACAAUAAACAAGAGUGUCAGGCAAAUAAGGUAUUUUGAUUUUCGCGAUAGACUUCCUGAUUUCGGAAACUGUUUUAGCAAACGGAGCGAAAAAUUGUGUUGUAAACCAGCGUUUAAUCGGUUUUAAAAGUGUUUACACAAAGGAAGCAUGUUUUCAAUAUAGUAAUAGACUUGUUUAAUACGACUUCUAUCUAAAAUGUUCACUAUAAUAUUAGUCCCUAGUGGAAUUGUGAUUUUAAAUUGUAUUUCUACUUUUUUUUUGGUUAAAACUACUAACGUUCAGCUUAUCUGUAGACUUUUCUCUGGUUUUCUCGAGAGAAACAUUGUUGCAUUUAGAAAAUAAUAGAAUUAAUAUAAGAUGUAAUAUUUCGUACAUUUGACUUGACUGUUGAGCAACGAAUUAAUUUAAUUUAAUAAUUCCUUUGUGUAACAUUUUUAAAUAAACUUAAACUAUACAAAAUCAUUUUCAGAAGACUGUCCACUUUGAGAGAUGAAUAGAUAUAGCAGUGAAGGAAAUAUGAUUGAUUUUCGUUUGUUUUGAAAUCGAUCGAAAUAAAAUAAAUACAAUCGAUUCAAGUUAAAACAUUGAAGGAAUUAGUAUAG